AUGAUCAUAAAACCAAAGUCAUGUGUUGGAGUUAGGCCUCUCAGAAGUGCACAGCAACUGUUCCUUGCAGGUCUGCUCUCAUGUUCUUGUGCUUCUAUGUGGAAUUUGGACCCCUAUCCCAUUGGCUGGCUCAAUGCUAUUAGAGAAUGGCCAGAGGAGUUUCUUGGGAACUCGAACUCCAGAGAACUUGUAGACAGCAUGAGCUCUGGAGAAUUUGUAGACACCAUCACCAGGGAUCUCUUGGGUAGCUGUGUCUCUGUCUUCACGCCAAGGGAAGAGGAAGGAACUGUCAUUGACUAUGCUCGUGCAUUGGGCUGGCUCAAUGCUAUUAGAGAAUGGCAAGAGGAGUUUCUUGGGAACACGAAUUCCAGAGAACUUAUAAACACCAUGAGCUCCGGAGAAUUCAUAGACACCAUCACCAGGGAUCUCUUGGGUAGCUGUGUCUCUGUCUGUACGCCAAGGGAAGAGCUCGCCCAGAUGACAGAGGAAUGAAUGUAAAGUUCUGUCUAGUGAUGGUGAUUAAAUACACCAGCAGCGGCCAAUUGGAGCGAGUCUGAAAAUUCGAUGUCUGUAUAUGAAGAGUACAGUAGUGAUCUGUCAAGUACACGUGUAAAGGAAAAUAUUUAUUUUCUUUUCACUACAUAUAUGAAAGAGAAUUGAGAAUUAGGCGCGUAUGCUUCCCGUCUCCUCCUGUAAGGCUUGGUAACACAGAUUAUUUGACCGGAUGUAAAAUCUUCUCUAACAUGCUCUGGUUUGGGGUCUACAAAUUUCAAGUUGGGUGGUUUUUCUGGGCCCCUCUGCUUAAAAUUUCCGUUGGCUUCAAUUGAUGGUACAUUCACUGGAAAACAGAUUGCUUGAAAAACAACAGAACAUUUCCCAUCAUCCCCCAGUCACCAUCAACUCUAUAGCUCUCUACCCUGAAUUCAAAUUCAAGCCAUUACAGAUUCCUUGCAGGUAUGCUUAAUUUCUAUGCCUUCUGAUUUCCCAAGCUCCAAACCCGUUUGAUGGGUUUUGUUCUAAUUUCGGUGAUCAUGUGUACCCAACUAUGUGAUCCUCCAACUCCUCUAUUGGUAUGUAUAUUGAAUGGGGAGAGGAUUGGGAGGUAUGAUAUGAUGGUCUCAUAGGUUAAAUGGGUGGUGUCUAAUGAACGUUGAAAAAAGAAAAGAAAGGGGUAUGUCAUUUAAUUUGGUCAAAGGUGGCCAAGAAAUGAUGAUGAUUGUCAUAGGGUGUAGCAGCUUGUGAAGUUGUGGCAUGUAUGUGUGGUGAUGACGGCUGUUGUGUGUUUGUGGUGGUGGAGGAAGAAAAUGGAGGUUAUUUCUUCUAGUUUUAUAUUGAUGAUAUAAUGUGGUUUUGGUAUCUAAGUUGUUCAAACAAUUACGUCCA